CGUUCUUGACGGUACAGGGAGCUUGUUUUGUCAAAAGGGAGAAGUAGAAUUUUAAUUAGAACUUAGUUUUCAGUUAGAAGAGAAACACACAAAUAUCACCCAUGAUAAAUAAAUUAACGUUUUACGCAUUAGUUUACAUACCACGCAGUACAGUGUAAUAUGGAGUUCAAAUACGGUUUCGUUUCACUGCUGAGUGUAUUUCUUGUACUGCCUAAAUUUCAGGAGUCAGAGAGCCGCUCGUUCAGCAUCGACUACGAGAGGAACUGCUUCACGAAGGACGGAGUCCCUUUCCAGUACAUCUCGGGGAGCAUCCACUACUCCCGGGUCCCCCAAUUCUACUGGAAGGACCGGCUCCUCAAGAUGUACAUGGCUGGGCUCAACACCAUUCAGAUCUACGUGCCCUGGAACUACCACGAGCCAGUGCAGGGCGUCUAUGACUUCAGUGGAAGCAGGGAUCUGGAGAGCUUCCUGGACAUCGCCAACCAGACUGGCCUGCUGGUCAUCCUCAGGCCUGGGCCCUACAUCUGCGCUGAGUGGGAAAUGGGAGGUCUACCUGCUUGGCUGCUGCAGAAACCCAACAUUGUCCUGCGCACCACAGACCCAGAUUAUCUGAAGGCUGUGGACAGCUGGCUGGCUGUGCUCCUGCCCAAGAUGAAGCCCUGGCUUUACAACAAUGGGGGGAACAUCAUCAGUGUCCAGGUGGAGAAUGAAUACGGGAGCUAUUUUGCCUGCGAUUAUAACUACCUCCGCCACCUGAAUGUGAUGUUCCGGUAUUUCCUGGGUGAAGACGCAGUCCUCUUCACCACCGAUGGGAACACAGACAGGGAGAUGACCUGCGGGACCCUGCAGGGGCUCUAUGCUACCAUCGACUUCGGGACAGACACCAAUAUAACAAAGGCCUUUGAACGGCAACGAAGAUUUGAGCGAAAGGGCCCCCUGGUGAACUCAGAAUUCUACACUGGCUGGCUGGAUCACUGGGGAGACAAUCACGCAAGUGUGGAGACCAGCAGGGUCAGCAAAAUGCUUGGAGACAUGCUGGCCCUGGGGGCCAGUGUCAACAUGUAUAUGUUUCUAGGAGGCACAAACUUUGGCUAUUGGAAUGGUGCUGAUCAAGACAGCAGAUUCCUCCCAGUGACAACGAGCUACGACUAUGACGCUCCACUCUCUGAAGCCGGAGAUCCCACUGACAAGCUGCUGGCAAUCAGGGACGUCAUCAGCAAGUUCCGUGCUCUACCAGAGGGCCCAAUGCCUCCUCCAACUCCAAAGUAUGCCUACGGAUUCGUCUCUCUGAGAAAGGUUGGCAACCUGACUGGACUCCUAGACAGCCUGUCCCCACAAGGGCCCCUGCAGUCCCAAUAUCCUUUGACCUUUGAGGAGGUGAAACAGUAUUACGGCUACAUGCUGUACCGCACUAAACUGCCUAGGACUGUUGUGGAGCCGACUCCAGUGAUCUCGCCUCUGAAUGGAGUUCACGACCGCGGAUACGUCAUGGUCAAUGGGGUGUACCAGGGCCUCUUGGAGAGAGACACCACCCUGGUGCUGAAGGUGACGGGCCAGGCAGGGGACUUGUUAGACAUCCUGGUGGAGAACAUGGGCCGGGUCAACUUCGGCAGCCAUAUCAAUGACUUCAAGGGACUGGUGAGUAAUCUCUUCUUGGGGAUGGACAUCCUUUCCGACUGGCUGAUGUACCCUCUCGACAUCGACAAGGCCGUAGCCAGUGGUUGGCUACAAUCUAAGCUGAAACGGUCCAAUCCUGAAGCCAGCACGAUCGAGGAGUCCCCAGGACCCUCCUUCUACUCGGGCACCCUGCAGACCCCGGGAGUGGCCUGGGAUUCCUUCCUGAAGCUGGGGGGAUGGACCAAGGGCCAGGUGUGGAUUAACGGGGUGAACUUGGGCCGGUACUGGCCUCGCAAGGGCCCCCAGCAGACUCUGUAUGUGCCGGGCCCCCUGCUCAGCGCCUCCCAGCCCAACAACAUCACUGUGCUGGAGCUGGAGCAGGCUCCCCUGGGCCUGCGGGUCUUGUUCAUGGACCGACCCCAGCUGAACAGAACCAUGCUAAGGAGAUGACCAUGAAAACGCAAUCAGGGACAAGCAUCUACUUCCUAGGUAUCUAGACCUGGUUGGUGAACUUCUUUCAAAGAAGGUGAUUGGGACAUUCUGACUCCCUGUUUUAGUCCUGGAAUAUUCAUUCUGUAGGACAAACAUUCCCAAGGAGAUUAUGCUUUAAAAACAUUUCACCGACUUUGUACUUACAAUAGAUUGCAUUGUAUUUCUCUUUUUCAGCCUGCUUAAUUUAAUUGCUGACAAUUCAGGAUGCUGGUCAAUAUUAGGAAAGAUUUAUGGGUUUUUACACACCGGUCUGCAGUAUUGAAAGAAGAGCUUUUCAUUAGUGUCAUGGUACUACAGUCACACAGGACAGCAACAAACAAUACUAAAUAAAAAACAUUUUUGUAAUACUUAUGGUUGGACCAGGGUUAUGAGCAUUGAAGAUAGCAAAACAUUCAGAAUACAGUAACUGUUUCAAUAUAACACACAACCUCUUACACAUUUUAGGAGAAUCUAUGAGUUAUUUACAGGUUGCACAUUAUAAUAAGGUUUUUCAUAGUACACUGUGGUUUUUUGGUGUGGUUGCAAAUUAGAGGUGUAUAACCCUAGUUGGCUCAGUCAUGUGCAAUACACACAGGAUGUGUGUUACAUUAAAACAAUGACUGUGUAUCUUCAUUCUGAUCAUUACAAAGCAUUAGGUUUUGUAUUGCUUCAAUAGCAAAUGGAAUGUCAUUUUUUCUUACAAUAUGCUGUUGACUCAGUUAACCAAUGGCUUUUGCUGUAUAUUUUUGUGGCUUAGAUGUAUUUAUGAAAAGCACAAUUGUAUUUCCACGGUGAAUAUAUAAAUAGUUCUACAACAUAAAGAGGCAAGUUUGAAGAACCCUCUUCCGAGAGAGAAGCCCUUACAGCAGAAAAUAUGUGAUUGUCUAAUAGAGCUACACUGUACAGGUACAGCUGGACCAGCAGUGUUCCCAUGGAAAUCAAUUCAGGCCACUAAUCUUUCGCUUGAGCUGUGCCAGAGGAAGAGGCGAGAUGGGGAGACUUGGCUUAUCCGACUCUCAACAUUUUCUUCCUUUUAGUAUGUUUUUUUAAUUGUUUUUUUUGUUUGCAUUUCUAAUCAUGUUAAUUGAAUUUAACUGGUUAUUGCUGCAUAAGUGCAGAGAGUCUCCUCAUUAGUUACAUUCUGCAUCUGCACGUGUUAUUAAUAUCAAGAAAGUGCA